CACUUCACGUCUAGUCUUUCUGUUGAGGUGCAAUCGGAUUGACCACUCCUUUGGUUUUAUUUCGUGGAUAUUAGGGGGGAAAACAAAUCCACUUGCCUAUCAUGACUGACGCGCAACAGGAGGCUCGUGGCUACCUGAGCGAGGAGAUGCUCAAUGAGUUCAAGGCUGCCUUCGAUAUGUUCGACACCGACGGUGGCGGUGAUAUCAGCACCAAGGAGUUGGGUCAGGUCAUGAGAAUGUUGGGCCAGAACCCAACCAGAGAGGAGUUGGAGGAGAUCAUCGAGGAGGUCGAUGAGGAUGGCAGCGGUUCCAUCGACUUCGAGGAGUUCUUGGUCAUGAUGGUGAGGCUCCUAAAGGAGGAUCAGGCUGGCAAGAGCGAGGAAGAGUUGGCAGAGUGCUUCCGUGUGUUCGACGCGAACGCUGAUGGAUACAUCGACAGAGAUGAGUUCGCUGAGAUCAUCCGUAGUACUGGUGAACAGGUUACAGAAGAUGAGAUUGAUGAGCUGCUUAAGGACGGAGACAAGAACUCUGAUGGCAUGCUGGACUUUGACGAAUUCCUCAAGAUGAUGGAGAACGUGCAGUAAAACAGACUCACGGACAUUCCUCUUCCCCGUUACCCCCUGUCGACAAACCAGUCCCUUACACCCACUCAUGCCCUUCCUGCUCUUAUGUUCUGGUCAAUUGUUUCCUCCCCGUUCAUCUUGACUCAUCUAGGCCUCAACAGACAGAUUGACACCCGGAUGGGGCUUUCCAACACAGGGUCACAUUUUUUUGUGACACGGAGUUCAUGAAGUUGCUUCAGUGACAGGCAUGUUCAAAGACCCGAGGAGCCAGGUUGUGACAGCCCCACGGGAGAACGCUCAGUACAUCGAGAGCGCACACCAUCAAAAAUACCCCCAACACUACUGAGCGUUUAGUCUAGAUAUAUAGUCUAGAUCGGCAGCUUGUUAUCGCUGCUUAAACCAAUGCCAAAGCCAAUCAUUUCAUCGUAACUAAUAAAUGCUUUACAGUACAAAAUAAAUAAAUAAAACAUG